GUUAGUUGUUGCCGUGGUUGGCAGUGGUGGAUGUGAGGGGACAUACACGACCCCAGGCUUGCGGGCGGUGAUCCAUGGCUGCGGUGGGUUGUCGAGGGUAGUAACACAACAGUGGUCUGGGAAGCGGCUAUGAAUUCGGGUUUCGAAUCGUUUCUCGAGAGCGGUGGGAGUCUGUUUCGUCGUCGGUGAUUACGUUGGGUUGGUUGAUACGGGGAGCUUGUUCGAUGAUGUUGGAUUGGGGCUGGAGCUCCCUGUAGCUUCGCGUCCAAGUGCUGCCUUCCUGGCGGGUGCUGCUUGGUCAGUGCGGGCCUGCGCUGCCAAGGCAAGGGUGGGUGGCUGGCAGCCUGAGGCUGGAUGGCUCAGGUUCAACUUCAUCUGCCAAGGCUGCACGUGAUACCCUUCUUCUCAAACAUACAAGAGAACCAUCAAGUUGAGCCGCAAUUCCAUUAUUCCCAAACACGAAGACUCAUAUUUUCUAAACGAAAUUGGCCGCAUAUCAUCUCCAAAAAAUGGGUUUGGUGGUAUACGAAAGCAGUGACGAGGACGAGGAAGCCCAACCGCUCCCCGAGCCUCAGGUCACAAAACCACCAGCCAAACCCAUCGCACCAGAAGUAAAAGAUGCGCCCCAACAAACACCCUCGUUCCCACCCAAACAACCCUCACCACCACCUCAACCCUUGCCCCAGCCAUCAAAACAGUCACCACCCCUCGGCCCUGUCUUAGGCCCCGCCCUCGGCCCUUCCCUCCCAUCAUCGAACACCCUCCCCGAACCAGAAGACAUGGAAAUGACCAUCCCCCUCGACCCCUUCCCCCCCCCUCGAUCCCCCUACUCCACCAACCGCGCCCUAAUCCAAAGCCUUACCCUCCCUCCCAAUCCCGACACCUUCAUCCCUCCCUCCCCGCCCCUUUCUCCAACCCUCCUCCCACAAAUCAACUCCCUAACUGCCAAAUUCGACAACUUCCUCAAACUCAAACGGGAGAAAAACAUUCACUUCAACGAACGUAUCGCGCAAUCCCACGGCCUGAGAAACCCAGCAGUGAUGGAGCAGCUGCUGACGUUUGCCGGGAUCGGGACGAGUUUUGACGGGGAUGAUGGCGGAGGGAAAGGAACGGAGCAGUAUGCUACCACCCUGAGUAAAGAGCUCUGGGAUCCGCUGACGGGGUUUCCCGGGUGGGCGUACAAGGAUGCGUUGUGGAAGACUCAGAUUAAGACUAGGAAGGAGAGGGAGAGGGGGAGGGGGGAGAGGGUUGAGUUUGUGAGCGCUGGGACAGCAACGGCGGGGGGUGAUAGUGGGGUGUUGCCAGAUUUGAGGACGGGUCUGUCGGGGGAGGAACGGUUUGGGAGGAAGAGGAAGGGGAGGUAUUGAUGACGUGAUGGGAUGAAGGAUUGUGAUAGGUAGUUGUGUAUGCUGAAGAGAAGCAUCGGUGUGCGAGAUUGAGGAAUUGAUAUACGGGGAAUGGAAAUCACGAUCAGGUGCCAAAUACGUCCGGCAUAUGUAAAUAGAGCCUGAGCUGCUGCUUGGCUACAGAAGUGUCAUCGUAAUCCUAGCCGUCAGGGCCAGUUAUUCUGAACAAUUCCA